ACCAACCACCCACCCCUCUUUCUCUCUCUCUCUCUGCCCGUCCGUCGCGAUCUCAAAACCCUAAAAAACUUCGGAACAUGGCCACCCACUCCUCGUCCUCCCUCUCCCCCUCCCCUUCCCCACCCAACAACAACCCCCUCCCCUCCGCCACCGCCUCCGCCUGCCGCCGCCACCGCCACCGCCAAGAAGCCCCACCCCGUUCCCUGGACCCACGAGGAGACGGUCAACCUAAUCCGCGCCUACGAGGAGAAGUGGUACGCCCUCAAGCGCGGCCCCCUCAAGUCCAGCCAGUGGGAGGAGGUCGCCGUCACCGUCGCCGCCCGCUGCGGCUACUCCUACGCCGAGCCCUCCAAGACCGCCACCCAGUGCCGCCACAAGAUGGAGAAGCUCCGCAAGCGCUACCGCUCCGAGAAGCAGCGCGCCGGGGCCGCGUCCGGCUGGCCGUACUACGAGCUGAUGGAGCGCCUGGAGCGCGGCCCCGUGCCGAUCUCGGCGCGGCCGAUCGCCGCGGUGCCGUACAGUGCCACCAGGAGGGCCGUUGUCAAAGGAGGAGACGAGGAGGAAGAAGAGGAAGAGGAAGCAGAAGCGGAAGACGACAACGAAGACGAGGACUACGAUGCCAAUUACAGUAAGUCGAGGAGCAUAAACCACAUACUGAGGAGGCCGGCGAUGGUGAAACGGUUCCCGAGCGCGUCGGCGGGGGCGGGAGGGGGGAAGAGGAAGAGGGAAGCAGAGGAGGAGGAGGAGGAGGAGGAGGAGGAGGGAGGAGAGAGGAGGAGGAGGGGUAGGAAGAGGAGGGCGGUGUGGGAAAUAGCGGGAGAGAUAAGGGGGUUCGCGGAGAGGUACGUGGGGAUGGAGAACGUGAAGAUGGAGAUGAUGAGGGAGAGCGAGAGGUGGAGGAUGGAGCUGGAGAGGAAGAGGAUGGACCUCAUCGCCCAGUCGCAGACCAAGAUCCUCGACGCCAUUGCCAAGGCCUUUUGCUUCCAUUCUUGACUUUUUGACUUUGACUUUGACUUCUUCUUCUUCCUUCUUCUUCUUUUUUCCCCCUUUUAUUUUAUAAUUAUUUUGACAUUUGUUUUUUCUUUAUAG